UCCGGUGCCGGGUGAGCGCUGUCGGCGCGCGGCGAGACAUGGCGGAUCCUCCUGAGGUGGCCGAGGCAGAGGCCGGGGCGAAGCAAAAAGAGAAGCAAAAAAACAGAAACAAAAAGAAAGCGGCGACAGGUGGGGUCGAUGAAUCUGAACUUCUUACUGUGCCAGAUGGAUGGAAAGAGCCAGCCUUUACAAGAGAAGAUAAUCCUAAAGGGCUGCUGGAAGAAAGCAGUUUUGCAACAUUGUUCCCCAAAUACAGAGAAGCGUACUUGAGAGAGUGCUGGCCACUCGUCCAGAAAGCCUUGGGUGAACAUUUUGUGAAUGCAACGCUGGAUCUAAUUGAAGGAAGCAUGACUGUCACAACCACUAAGAAGACUUUUGAUCCGUAUGCAAUUAUCAGGGCUAGAGAUUUAAUAAAACUUCUGGCAAGAAGCGUUCCAUUUGAACAGGCAGUUCGUAUCCUUCAGGAUGACAUUGCAUGUGACAUCAUUAAAAUAGGCUCUCUGGUGAGGAAGAGAGACACUUUUAUAAAAAGAAGAGGACGACUUCUUGGGCCAAAAGGAUCUACUCUGAAGGCCCUGGAACUGUUAACUAACUGUUAUAUCAUGGUGCAAGGCAACACUGUUUCAGCUCUUGGACCCUUUAGUGGCCUGAAAGAGGUCAGAAAAGUUGUUCUGGACACAAUGAAGAAUAUACAUCCCAUAUAUAACAUUAAGACUCUGAUGAUCAAAAGGGAAUUAUCAAAAGAUCCUGAACUGAGGUCUCAAAGUUGGGAAAGGUUUUUGCCUAAGUUCAAGCGGAAGAACUUGAAAAAACGCAAGGAGCCAAAGAAGAAAAAUACUAAGAAGGAGUACACACCGUUCCCACCUCCACAGCCAGAAAGCCAGAUUGAUAAAGAACUGGCAAGUGGUGAAUACUUCUUGAAAGAAAGACAGAAGAAACGAAAGCAAGUGCAAGAGAUAAAGGCAAAGCAAGCAGAUGCAGUCAAGAGAAGACAAGAAGAAAGAAAUAAAGCUUUUAUCCCACCAAAAGAAAAGACAGUUGUGAAAACAAAGAAAGCCUCCACUGAGAAAAAAAUUGAUAUUGAAGCCAUCAAGGAAAAGGUAAAGAAUGCAAAGAAGAAGAAAUUAGGAGCACUUCCUGAGGAAGAAGUCAAAUUAAAAAUGGCAGCAGAUGAAAAGAAAAAAAAGAAAAAGAAGUAAUUCACCACCUGAGAUGUUCACUUUUCUCCCCCAUUAAUGAACAUUUUCACACAUGGAAGAUUUGAGACUUCUUGCUGUCAGUAUAAUCUGGACAAGAAAAGACUAGGCAGAAAGAUCAUUCUCUUUUCCUAAGUACACUUUAAUUAGUGGACUUGAAGCAGCUGUGCAAAACUGCCAAGGCUGAUGAAGAAAAUGUGCCCUGCUGUGUUUUUUGAGAAAGUAAGAGAGUGUGUUUGGAUAAUAUCCAUCUGCCUAAAGGGAAGGUUUCAUCAUAGAACCAUUUAGGAGUUUGAUGCAGGUUGUUAAACAUUAGGGUCAGAGAACUUGGUGAGAGUUGAAGGUAGUUCUUGUGUGAAAGACUGCCAGGCUAUAUGCAGCCUCAGUAAUGACUGUUGCAAAACAGGCAAGAUUUAUUACUGUAUUAUGCUUUUCUUUCUGUAAAAGCUGAUUAUUUUUUGCGUGUUUUGUCUUAGUGUUAAUAAACUAUUUUAAUACAUUGUUCUUAAAUCCUUGGAUUAGUCUGCUGCUGCACAACCUACAUCAUGUUUUCCAGGAAAGAAGCUCGCAGCUUCAUGUGAGGAUGCAACAAACCAUAAUCUUAAUUGAAUGCCAUUAAUAAACUGUCAUUUAUUAGCAUUAUCCUGGAGGCUUUUAGACAGAAUGUGG